AUGACGAACGAUGCCGAGCCAAACCCAGAGCUCGUCAGGCAGGAGGAGGAACGCCUGCGGAAACUCCACCCCACCCCCGAAGACGUCCCGGGAUGCAUGAAGCUGUUCGACGACUUCUUGCUAUGCAACGUCAUCAGCUCGCAGGCGCGCUCGCUGUACCGCUACGGGGAGAUGGCGACGUGCGCGCCGAAGCUGGACGACUUCAAGUUCUGCAUGAGCCUCAAGGGCAUGCAUCCCGAGGAGAAGCGCGACGUGUGGAUCCGGCGGCGCGCCGAGUGGUGGGCCCGCCGGCGCGCGCACAAGAGCAGCGAGAACGUGUGGGACGUCAGGACGUGGGUUGUCUUCUGCGGCUACGUCGUCGAUGUCCGGGGCUGA